GCAAAAGAAAGCAAGAGAACAGAGAGGUGUCUAGAUCCAUAGAGCACAUCUCCACAAACUCUGUCCUGCAAUCUACUCGUCAUAGAUGAUGUCAUCAGAGAUCCCUGUUCCUGGUUGGCUGCAGCAGCUGCUUGUGGUGCUCCUCAGGUUCACCCUUUCGUGUUCCGCCCCAGUGAACCUGACCAAUGGUACGGAGUGUACCGCUCGAGGACCUGCCUCUUACAUCCUGGUGUUCACUGGCCACUGGAGUCCUCAGACCUUCCCAAAACAGUAUCCCUUAUUCCGACCCCCUGCACAGUGGUCAAAAUUAAUGGCUGUGACCCAUAAUGAGCAGUACCGACUAUGGCAGGAGGGUGUGCCGGCGAGUGCUGGAAUGCAGAGCUUUGCCGAGCUGGGUCUGACAGUGGAGCUGGUGAAGGGAGCAAAGGAGGCAAGAAAGAGGAGGGCGGUGGGGUCCAUGUACCGCACAGCUGGAAUCCCCACUGGCAUCGGCCACAGCUCCACAGAACUGCUUUUGAUGCCCAGGAGUCCACUGCUGUCUCUGAUAGUGAAAGUAAUCCCCAGUCCUGACUGGUUUGUGGGGGUAGACUGUCUGAACCUGUGUGAGGGCGGCCAGUGGAAACAGGAAGUGACCUUUGACCUGCACCCAUUUGACGCCGGCACGGAUAGCGGAUUCACUUUCUCCUCACCAAACUUUCCGACGUCACCACAAGAGAAUAUCACCAUGAUCACAUCUCAGAAGCCAAACCACCCAGCAAAUUCCUUCUAUUACCCUCGGCUAACAGAACUCCCGCCUCUGGCCACCAUUUGGCUUAAGCGACAGGCUCGCUCACCUGUCCGUCAACAGAACCGGGUGUCUAAUCACAUUCUGCCCGAUGUAACCAAAUUUCAGAGAUUCUUGGAAACGCCGUUGGACUGUGAGGUGUCAAUGUGGUCAUCUUGGGGCCUGUGUCAGGGGCCGUGCUCUCGCGGUGGACUGCGCCAUCGCACCCGCUAUAUCCUUCUGAAACCUGCCAACAGCGGCACGCCGUGCCCCGAGCUGGAGGAACAAGAAGAGUGCACGCCACACAACUGCCUCACAUAUCAGUGAUGCUGGUCACAACACUGGCAUAGACACUUCAAUGCUGUCCAUGUGUCCAAGGAGAGACGAAUUUAGCCUCAUGCCAAUGCUGAGUCACAGCUGCAGAAUCCGGCGAGCCGCCCAAGUGGACAUCCAGUGAGCUGCAUCAGCCUCUCUCUUCACUGGAAAAGAAUGCCUUGUAUUUUGUUAAUAGGGACUUUGAUUAUGGGUGCUGUUUUUACAGUAAUCUGUGUAUCUUUACAUAAUCACACUGUACUUUGCCAAUCUAGAUCUGUGGAAGAGACAACUUUUCGUUGCCAAAAACACUGUUUUAAAAGUCAUACUCUUUAUCUCACAGCAAUAGCAAACCUUUACAAUAGCCUAGUUGAGUUUUUGAAUGAUCUGACUGAUGGUAUACUUCACAAAUCAUUAGUAGUCCAUGAGUAGUCUGUCAAAGUAACUGGUAAUAAUAUAAGCUUGAAUAAAAAACCCAUACAAGUUAUUGUAGUUAUUCAAGCCUUAUUUCUAUGAGGACAGGAUCAUGCAAAAAUAAUGCUCAAAAUCAAUGCCGUUUACCGUAUUAUCAUGUGGAGUGCACCUAAUUUCUCAUUAACCACAUAAGUGACCGUUUAGACCUUGUAUAUAUGUUGUUUUUUAUGUUUCUUCUA